AUGUCCUUCUCCGGCCGCCGGGUGUCCAUCCUCCGGCAGGCUCUCCAGCAAUCCUCUGACGGCCGUCGCUUCAGCAUACACAAGGAACCAACCGAACACGAGCAGUCCUCCACACCCCAUCUCAACCUCCGCGAGCACCCCUCACAUAAACCUCAUGCCGGACUUGAUACUUCCCGCGCAUCAACUGGCGUCAUCUGGUGUACCGAGCAAGCCUCGCAGCAUGGGUUCACCGACACGCCCGAGCAAUGGGCUAAUCUAGGUCAAGGCGCUCCAGAGGUUGACGAUGAGAUUGAGGGAAGCUUCCCACGACCAACGAGUAUCGACAUUAGUGUCAGUGGGCGCGAAUAUGGGCCGACAGCAGGUAUCAAGCCGCUGCGGGAAGCGGUGGCGAAGCUAUAUAACGAGAACUACCGGAAGGGUAAGCAGAGUCAGUAUACGUGGGAGAACGUGUGUGUUGUGCCUGGAGGUCGGGCUGGACUGAUCAGGAUUGCUGCUGUGCUUGGAAAUGUGAUGUUGGGUUUCUUCAUUCCGGACUAUACUGCCUAUAACGAAAUGCUCUCCCUCUUCAAGAAUUUCAUUGCGAUCCCGACGCCCCUCUCCCAGAAUGACGGCUACCACGUACACGCCGACAAAGUCGCCGAAGAGCUUGCACGUGGCACACGUGUCAUUCUGACGUCCAAUCCACGCAACCCAACUGGGCACGCCCUCUCCGACGACGAGCUCAAGCUCAUCCAAGACAUCUGUCGAGACCGUGCAACCUUGAUUUUCGACGAGUUCUACGCCGGCUAUGACUAUCGCGGCGAAGACGGCGAGACGCACUCCUCCGCCAGCAACGUCAUGGACGUUGACGUCGACGACGUCAUUAUCAUCGACGGCUUGACUAAGCGCUUCCGCCUACCUGGCUGGCGUGUAGCGUGGAUUGUCGGUCCCAAGGAAUUCAUCAAAGCCUUAGGAUCCUGCGGCAGCUACCUCGAUGGCGGAACUAAUGUCCCCUUUCAAGAAGCCGCAGUCAAAAUGCUCGACCCUCCCUUGGUCCACAACGAAAUGGUCGCUCUGCAGCGGCACUUCAAAAUGAAGCGCGAUUUCGUCCUCAAGCGCCUUCAUGAGAUCGGCUUUCGCAGCGGAACACAAGAUAUUCCUGAUUCAACGUUUUACAUCUGGUUGGACCUUACAAGUCUAGAACCUCCGAUUCCAGAGGGCAGCGAGAUCGACAUCUCCAACGGGCUCAGCUUCUUCCACGCGCUGCUGAAGGAGAAAGUUAUCGUCGUGCCGGGGAUCUUCUUCGAUUUGAACCCGGCGCAUAGAAGAGAUCUGUUUGAUUCGCCGUGCCAUCAUUUUGUGCGGCUAUCGUACGGACCGAAGAUGGAGGUUUUGGAGAUGGGACUGGAUGGGAUCGAGCGGGUGGUGAAGCUUGCGAGGGAGGGUGGCGGCACGCGGUUCAAGGAUCCGAAGUAUGGGCACGUGGAUGGGCAUGGAGACAGCGCGAUUCAUGAUGAGCCGGGGAGUCCUUUGCGGCCGAAGAAAGAGCAUAGUGGGAAGGGGCAGGGUGAGCAUCACGUCGGGUAG